AUGAUUCUCCAGCAACUUGACAAAACGACGCAGGCCAAAUGGGAGGAAACCUCUUCGAUCAGCGAGCUGCCAUCCUGGGAUCAAUUGACUGCAUUCUUGGAAAGGCGCUGCCGAAUGCUUGAGAAUGUUGAGCAUGCUGUUCAAACACAGACUGGUCAGGCGCUAAGGCAUAGCAAAAACGACAGUAUUAGUCAAAGGAAAACGUUUGUCGCCUCCAAAGGCUCAACACGUGUUUGUAUAUUUUGUGGAUCACCCGGGCAUGCAAUUUAUAGUUGUCAACUUUUCGCAAAUUUAGAUCCGAACUCGCGCCUGGGGGAAGUUAAGAAGCUUGAACUUUGUCUUAACUGCCUCAAGGCUGGCCAUCAAAUGCGGAACUGCAAAUCCGGAUCGUGCCGCACCUGCCAGUCGAAACGCCACACGCUCCUGCAUUUUUACCGCUCAACUGCUUCGUUAACCGAUAGUCAAGCCGAUGCUUCAUCAGUGGCCACAAUUCGAUCCAGUGCUAUGACUGCAUCGAUAUCUGCUUCGCUUAAUGCCCCCGUGUCUCCUUCUGAUGCUGUGCUCCUAGCUACUGCCGUCAUUCUUGUAAAAAAUCGUGCUGGAAUCUUCGUGUCCUGUCGCGCUCUUUUGGAUUCUGGUUCCCAGUUGCACUUCGUCACAACUCGCUUCGCAAAUCAACUUCAGCUAUUCCAAACAAAAGCUUCUGCUACAGUCUCUGGAAUUGGAGAUGCCAACUUCCCAACGGAAGGUUACUCACUCGAUCUCGUACUUAAGUCGCGGAUUUCAGAUUUUUCAACAAGCAUCACUGCCCUUGUUGAGAAAACCAUCACCGACAAUCAGCCUGGCUGCUCCGUGAGCACCAACGAGUGGAGUGUUCCGUCGAAUAUACCACUAGCCGAUCCUGGGUUCAACUUACCACAGCGUAUUGAUCUGCUCAUCGGAGCAGGACUGUUCUUCGAUCUACUUUGUGUGGGUCAGAUACGCUUAGGAUCUGGUUUACCACUACUUCAGAAAACUCGUCUCGGAUGGGUGCUAUCUGGAGGUGGGCAACAAACUCCAAACCUGUCAUCAUUCGUCGUGAGGCAGAAAUCCUCCAGUGGUCUCAUUCCCAGCACUCGGCUGGACUAUUUAGUACGUCGGUUUUGGGAGAUCGAGCACAUUUUCGAACCGGUCUCUAAGGCCUCCAAAGAAGAUCUUGACUGCGAAGCCCACUUCCAGGGAAAUUAUUUUCGAUUGCCAUCAGGUGAAUACUCUGUUCGUCUGCCCAUAAAACGCAGCAUGGAUGCCCUAGGAGACUCCUAUUUACAAGCUCGUCAACGCUUUCAAGGUCUGGAACGAAAAUUCGCCCGUAACCCUGAUCUAAAGGCAGAAUACAGUAAGUUUAUUAAGGAAUAUCUGGAACUCAACCACAUGUCGCUGGUUUCCAACGAGGUUGUACAACAAUGCAAGUACUUCCUGCCACAUCAUUGCGCUAUCAAGGAUGACACACUUUCUGCAGACAUCUGUAAGAUGUAUAGGUGUGUUCGCGUCACUCCACCGGACAACAUGCUCCAAUGUAUUUUGUGGCGAGAAUCUCCACAAGAAGACUUUCGCAUCUAUAAGCUCGACACGGUGACGUAUGGAACUAAGCCUGCAGCGUUUCUAGCCAUCCGAGCCAUGCACCAACUCGCAGCAGACGAAUCCGCGACUGAUCCCAUUGGAGCAGAAGCGGUACUUCGGGACUUCUAUGUAGAUGACCUGAUAACUGGGGGCGAUUCAAUGGCAGAAGUACUCAACAUUAAACUGCAAACAACUAGCCUUCUUACCCGAGGAAGCUUCAAGUUACGCAAAUGGUGCUCUAAUAGUCCUGAGAUCCUUCGUGAUAUUCCUGACGUAGACAAGGAAAAGUUUCUUAAGUUUGACGAUGGCAGUGACAUCACCAAAGCACUGGGGCUUGUCUGGGACCCGCACAAGGACAAAUUGCUAUUUUCAUUUGUACCACAAAGAGAAUUCGGAAAAAACUCCAAACGCUCUGCUUUGUCUACACUAGCUCGAUGUUAA